AUGCAUCUCUCUACUCAGGUUCGGAAUCAUGAUGCAUCUUUAUACGCAUGGAAUGUGGAGCUUGUUGUUUUCCUUCGCUUACCGAUACUACGUCUUGAAACAUGCUCAGCCAAGGAGUCGCACCAUUAUUGCUAUCGCUUUCCUCAUAUAUCUUCCAUCUUUUUUCCAGUUUGUGAGUUUACUGAAAUUGUACUCGAUCCUGUCGUGAUGGUUUGUGUUUCAACGAAAGAUGCAACAGACGUGAGCUCCAUACCAAAGCAAACCUCUGACCAUAGAGCGAGUUUGGAAUGCGUUAACAUUCAUCUCAAUAUACUUCACUGGAAAACGCUAAUUCCUAACCUUCACUUGGCUUUGCAACCUUUUCCCGUUUACUUUGCUAUUGCUAUUCUCAGGAAACGUAUUAUUUCCAUCCUUGGGACAAAUAUGAUUAUGUCUGAGCAAACUCGACGACUCCAUUCACAGCUACUCAAGGUGGGCUUCUACUUUCACGCAAGCGUCAUUUCUGAGGAAACGAUUCUAUUGGUUCAUCUAUUCCUAAUCUUCCAAUACUUAUAUGAGUGCAGCGUGGUUGUUGAGCACCUAUAA